AUGCCCUCCGCGAGACUCAGCGCAACCCUCUGCAGGGUAGCCACCGGCGCCUGCCGACAGGCCCGCCCGCUGCAACGACAGAGCCGAAACACUCACAGCACGACAGCGCCCAAGAGACCUGCGCAGCUCGUCUCCCGACGGGUCCAAUGGCCCUCGGCCCGCAGCUUCUCAGUCUCGGCCGUCAAGCCGCACAACCAUCUCACCCCUCCCAAGCCCGGCGAAGAGCUGUGGGUGACCUUUGUCGAUAAGGAUGGCGACGAGCACAAGAUUGCCGUCAGCGAAGGUGAUAACCUGCUGGAUAUCGCCCAAGACAACGACUUGGAGAUGGAGGGUGCCUGCGGAGGCUCUUGCGCCUGCUCGACCUGCCACGUCAUCGUCGCCGACGAGGAAUACUACGACAAGGUGCCCGAGCCCGAAGACGACGAGAACGACAUGCUCGACCUUGCCUUUGGCCUGACCGAGACGAGUCGGCUCGGCUGCCAGGUCACAAUGACCAAGGAGCUGGACGGCCUCAAAGUCAAGCUGCCCUCCAUGACGCGGAACCUCCAGGCCAGCGACUUCAAAUAA